CUCUUUCCACAAGUCCUUCUGGAGCUGAGGCCCUUGCCAUGCUUGGAGUUGUAUCAGGUGCCUUGGAUCAGCCUCAGUACGACCACCCUCCACCUCAACCUAGCCCUUCCUGAUUAUACCCAUCAUCAUCUUGUCUCCCAGUGGGAUUCUCUGUUUGCACCAAAGAGGAGCAGACAGCACAAGCCCAUUUCACCUCUGAGGGAACGUCUGAGGGAUCCGUGGCACCACAUAAAGGCGGAGCCAGCCCCUUGGUGCCUUAAAAACCCAGGAAGGAUGAGCAACCACAUCUAGCAGAUAUUUUUGGUCUUUCUCAGAUCAAAGUGCACAGGAAAUAGAGGGCGAGACUCCUGUGAAAACAAGAGAGAGAGAAAAGAACAGUGAGAAGAUGCCUUUCGGGGGGUUUGCAGGGCUGAAAGAGAGGGUUCUGAAACCAGGGAAGGAGGAGGUGAAGAACACAAUGGGAGAUGGUCUGGGCAACCUGCAGAGGAAAAUGGAUGGCACCAAUGCGGAUGAGGAGGACCAGAUGGAGCUGACUGAGGAUGGUCAACCGGUGGCGGCCGCCCCUCGCCACGGCGUCCCUCUGUUUGAUUGCGGUUGCUGCGGUCUGCCCAAACGCUACAUCAUCGCCAUCCUCAGCGGCCUGGGCUUCUGCAUCUCUUUCGGCAUCCGCUGCAACCUGGGUGUGGCCAUCGUAGAGAUGGUCAACAAUAACACGGUUUACAUCAAUGGGACACCUGUAAUCCAGCCAGCUCAAUUCAACUGGGACCCAGAGACUGUGGGACUUAUCCACGGCUCUUUCUUCUGGGGUUACAUCAUUACACAGAUCCCUGGAGGCUUCAUCUCCAACAAGUUAGCUGCCAACAGAGUGUUUGGGGCGGCCAUAUUCCUUACCUCCAUACUGAAUAUGUUCAUCCCUGCAGCCGCCAGGCGCCACUAUGGAUGUGUCAUGUUAGUUCGAAUCUUGCAAGGCCUGGUGGAGGGAGUUACCUACCCAGCAUGCCAUGGGAUGUGGGCCAAAUGGGCUCCUCCUCUGGAGAGAAGUCGACUGGCUACUACCUCAUUCUGUGGUUCAUAUGCAGGUGCUGUGAUUGCCAUGCCUUUAGCAGGAGUCCUGGUUCAGUUCGUUGGAUGGCCCUCAGUCUUUUAUAUCUAUGGUGUAUUUGGUAUCAUAUGGUACAUCUUCUGGCUCCUGCUUGCUUAUGGGAGCCCAGCUGCCCACCCUACGAUAAGUGAUGAAGAGAGGAUCUACAUAGAGACCACAAUUGGCGAAGGCGUCAAAAUAAUGAGUGCCACUGAAAAAUUCAAGACUCCAUGGCGUCGUUUCUUCACCUCCAUGCCUGUUUAUGCCAUCAUUGUGGCUAACUUCUGCCGUAGCUGGACCUUUUACCUGCUCCUGAUCAGCCAGCCGGCCUACUUUGAGGAGGUGUUUGGCUUCUCCAUUGGCAAGGUGGGGCUCCUGUCGGCUGUGCCCCACAUGGUGAUGACCAUUGUAGUACCCAUUGGAGGCCAGCUGGCUGACUUCCUACGUAGUCGGAAAAUCAUGUCAACUACAAACGUCCGCAAAAUCAUGAACUGCGGAGGUUUUGGUAUGGAGGCCACCCUUUUACUGGUGGUGGGGUUCAGUCACACACGUGGUGUAGCUAUAUCCUUCCUGGUGCUGGCUGUGGGCUUCAGUGGCUUUGCCAUCUCUGGGUUUAAUGUAAACCACUUGGACAUUGCCCCUCGCUACGCCAGUAUCUUAAUGGGCAUCUCAAAUGGCGUUGGCACACUGUCUGGAAUGGUGUGCCCCCUUAUCGUUGGAGCACUGACUAAACACAAGACCCGUCUGGAAUGGCAGCACGUGUUUGUGAUAGCCGCCAUGGUCCACUACACAGGGGUUAUCUUUUACGCUAUCUUUGCCUCGGGAGACAAGCAAGACUGGGCCGACCCAGAGAGUACCAGCGACGAUAAGGUAGGCAUCAUCGAUGAGGACGAACUGGCUGAAGAGACGGAGCUCAACAGUGAGAUUGCCACUGCACCCAAGAAGAGCUAUGGGACCACAGAGAACCCAUCGGGUCAGAAACAGGGCUGGAAGAAGAAGAGGGGAGUCACCAUGCAGGAGGACGAGGACGACGGGAACCGCCAAGGGAACGGGCACUACCAGGAGCAGCAUCAGUAAUAUGUCCCUCAGGACCAGUGGCAUUGGCUGUCCUGAUUUUCUACCUUUUUCCUGAAGUACAUACACGGCGCAAUACCCGCAUGAAUUAAACGACAGUGGAAACUCCCUCUGGUCAAUCCUUACACAGACUAUGCUUUUAUAUCCAUGGUGUGGAGUGUAGUUAUGCUUACUCAUGGAAAAGGGUAGAGAACCAGGAAACAAAAUGAUCUCCAAUGGCCAUUCACUCAGCUAAAACUGAAUAGGUUGCACAUUGUAAGCACUUCAAGACUUCCCCUUCAUGUUAACAUCUAGAGAAAGAAGGUUAUAGUGAACUACUUAGGGCACUGGCAUAAAGUGGUUCUCUCACAGAAAGGGGGAAAUGGAGGAAUUCUCCUUUCGCUUCAACAUCCAGAAGAUGAACAUUAGAACGAUAGAACUAUAGGUGCUCAUUCUUUGGAGACGGUACAACGUAAGUUACAGUAUCAUGCACCAUCUAUCAUGUACCAAAAACUAGCCUUUUGUUGUUGUCAUGUCAGUGUUUUCAUUUAAUAGUUUUGAUCUCAUCCUGAGAUAUGUGGUCAGUUACCAAGUCAUGUGUCUACAUCUGAGGUAGAAGUGUUGUCAUAUGAGAGAUAAAUGUCAUACAUUAAAAAAUAAGGACAUUAGAUUUGUGGUUGUGGGAAAAAUAUAUGUUCAGCCACAUAAAUGAAUGAAAGUUUGGUACAAUGCUGCCUUCAAAUACUCAUCAGAAUCUCUAAAAAAAAAAUCUGAUCAUUAUAAAUAGUGAAAAAAGUGUUUCUGUGGAAUUAUCAGAGCAAGAUAAAAAUUAACAAAAAUUAUUAAUUGACAAUUUAGUAAAAGAGGGAUGCUAAUUUAGAACAUUUAGGAUAUGGGACUCAUAAUUCAGUGUCUGAAAUCAUACCUAGGUUCUUUGUCUGGUUGAUUAUGUAUUCAAAUUAUCUUUGCAUUCCAAAUUGUAUUUCCAAAUCUUCUACAACACUUGA